UACGGAGGAGAAGGCGGGGGGGGGGGGGGGGGGGGGGGGGGAGGUAAGUCUGCCGAACGGCAGCGUCUGCUUCUUCCCAUUGGCCAGAGCGCGAGGCUGCUUCCUCAGAACAAAAGGUCAAAGAGGACUGCGGGGUGAUCCCAGAGAGCAGUAGCUAUGCCGGGAGAACCGCGCGCACCGCGACCAGUCGUGGGCUCGGUUUUCCAGGAGCUCGCGCCUUCCCCUGACUACGCGUGUGCAGCCCGCGGCCUCCAGGGGCCAGUCCCAGCGCGGCGCUUGGGGUCCAGAGCGAUUUUAGAAGAAAUUGCCUGAAUCCGGAGACUCGCAGAUCUGCUGCAGAAGAGGCAUCAGCAGCGUCCCCUUGUCAACUUUGGGGCUACGAUGGCUUGGGAAAUCAUGCCUCUGCACAGCGCUCCUGUGUCCCAAGUCAAUAAUGUUUCAACAACUGGAGAGCUCUUAGAAAGAACCAUUCGGUCCACUGUGGAACAGCAUCUUUUCGACGUUCAGACCUCAGGGAGUCAGAGCUCAGAAGAUUCUGAAUGUGGAGGGUCACCAGCUUCUUCCACAGUGGCUGCCAGGCAGAAACGGUGGCAGAAGAAGAAUCAGAAUGACAUCAGACAGAACAGAGAAAGGGCAUUUAUCAACAAAGAAAAUAUUCCUUCUGAGUUCAGCAGCCUCGAGGAUUGUAUUUUGACUACACAGGAAGCAGAAAAAUUUCAGGAAAACAACUGUGUAUAUAUUGAAGAAAACAGUAAACCUAAAAGACAGAAAUCCAGUACCAGACUUUCUGAGAUUAAUGACAACCAAGAUAGUCAUGUGAAUAUGGAAAACAUUAAUUCCUCAAGAACUCAAGAGCGAUUUGGAUGUGAUGAUAUUCUGGAACUGAUGUCUGAUAAAAGCAAAGAAAAUAGCAGUGAUGGAAAGUACCCACCACACUCUCAGCUUUUCAGCAUGAAGAUUCAGGAGCUUCCCAGCCUCCCCGAAAGCAAACUCCAGAGAAGCCAAGAUGCCGAUGGCCAGGAAGAUAGCUUUGGCGCCGAGAUGCCUCCGCUGGACCUGACAGCUUUGUGUAAAGAGAACAGCUGGGAAGAGCCCAUUCCUACUUUGUCCUCAUGGCGGUGUGGCAGCAUUGAUUCAGAUGAAGCCCGCCUUUCCCCACAGGCAGGGCGCCUGAUUCGCCAGCUUCUAGAUGAAGACAGUGAUCCCAUGCUGUCCCCUCGAUUCUAUGCUUAUGGGCAGAGCCAGCAGUACCUGGAUGACACGGAAGUGCCUCCUUCCCCCCCCAAUUCACAUUCUUUCAUGAGGAGACGGAGCUGCUCUUUGGGAUCUUAUGAUGAUUACCAAGAAGACCUAACACUUGCACAGCUAACUCGACGGAUUCAAAGCAUUAAGAAAAAGAUCAGGAAGUUUGAAGACAGAUUUGAAGAAGAAAGGAAAUACAAACCUUCUCAUAGUGAUAAAGUAGCCAACCCAGAUGUAUUGAAAUGGACAAACGACCUUGCAAAAUUCCGAAAGCAGCUGAAAGAAACAAAGCUAAAGACAUCGGAGGAAGAACUAGAGCCCCUGACGCGACAACGAAGCAAUACACUCCCUAAGAGCUUUGGUUCUCCACUCGAAAAAGAUGAAAAGAAGCGAGAGGCGGCAGAAAAAGCAAACUUACCUGCUAUUGAAGCCACCCUGGAUUGUAUUAUGAAGAAGCUACGGGAGAAGCGGAUAGAGAACAACUAUCCAGAGGACAUCGAGGACAUGACCAGAGACCAGAUUGCUCUCGAGAAAGUGGCUCUGCAGAAGGCUUUGUUGUAUUAUGAGAGCAUCCACGGAAAACCGGCAACGAAAAGUGAACGUCAGAUUAUGAAGCCGCUCUAUGAAAGGUAUCGGCUGGUCAAACAGAUCCUGUCGCGAGCGAACACCGUGCCCAUCCAUGGAUCCCCUUCCAACAGGCGGAGAAGUCCUUUGCUACAGCCAAUUAUUGAGGGUGAAACAGCUUCCUUCUACAAGGACGUAAAGGAAGAAGAGGAAGAUUCAUCAGAUGACUACAUCACGAAGCAAGAUUUUGGGAUCCCCGUAGAAACUGACUUCUACUUUCUGGACCAUCUCGAUGACAUUGAUCGCUUCCUUUCCCCAGGGGAUGAGAGGUUCCAUCUAAAAGGUGGUCUCGAUAUGGGAUUUCCCAACCUUCAUGCUGCAUCUUUAAAUGAGCUUUUAGAACUACUUCAAGACAUGAAAGAAGAAAAGAAAAGACUUCGGAAAAAAAUUCGUGACUUUGAGGAUAAUUUUUUGAGACAAAACUCAAGAACUGCCCAGAAGGAAGACCGCAUUCCAAUGGCUGAGGAAUACAAUGACUACAAACAUGUGAAGGCAAAAAUAAGGCUCUUGGAGGUCCUCAUCAGCAAGAGAGACAUUGAUUUAAACAUCAUGUAAAAAAAAGCAUCCCUUCGGGAAAGACAUAGUUGGAUUGAGUGAAUGAAGGUGGUCUCAGUCCAAAGGAUAUCUUCUGCGAUACAGGCUGUGUUGUCUGUGGGCUGGUCACUCACUUCUAUAUUGUCUACUGAGAAAGGAACCUCUGUUUAGGAAUGUCGUAUCCAAGUCAACAUUUAUGCACAUACUCGUACCUUCACCAUGGUGGAACUUUACUCCUGUUAGUAAUGACCACCAUUUAAGUUUAGAGCCACCGAUCCUCCAUGUGACCCAAAGCUAUUCAACGAUCUGAGAAACACAAAGAACAAUUCCAUCCCACUAUGAUAAAACCGAGCUCAAGACUUUGAUUCACUUUUGGAGUUUUUGUGUUCUUUUUGGACCGUGAGUUAAGCAUUUCUGUGAAUUAGAGAGCCCUGUGUGCUUCCUUGGCUCCGUUGUGACAUUUUAAACAGCCUGUCCUAUCCACCA